AGCUGCGGCACCGAGCGUCACCCUGGCAGAGGAACCUGGGCUACCCCCUGGCCAUGCUGGGCCUCCUGGCGCUGACGGGCAUCUCCGUGCUCAUUGUCUGCUUCCACGUCCUGGAGCUGCUGCUGGAUGAUGCUGCGAUGCCACGGGGUAUCCAGGAUGCGUCCCUGGGUCAGGUCUCCUUCUCCAUCUUUGGUUCCUUCGGAGCUGCCCUGCAGGUCGUCCUCAUCUUCUACCUGAUGGUCUCCUCCGUUGUGGGUUUCUACAGCUCCCCCCUCUUCACCCGGCUGCUCCCCGAGCGGCAGGACACCCCCCUCACCAAGAUCAUCGGGAACUGCGUCUCCCUGCUGGUGCUCAGCUCAGCCCUGCCGGUCUUCUCCAGGACGCUGGGGAUCACCCGUUUUGACCUCCUGGGGGACUUUGGCCGCUUCAACUGGCUGGGGAACUUCUACAUCGUCUUCCUCUACAACAUGGGCUUCGCGGGGCUCACCACCCUGUGCCUGGUGAAGAGGGUCUCCUGGGCCGUCCAGGCCGAGCUCAUCCGCGCCUUCGGUCUGCACAAGCUGCCGCUGCCCGUGACGCGCUCCCGGCCCCUCGGCAAGCCCUCCUAG